AACAACAAGCAAACGUUUCCCGCCAUGGCAUAGACUCAAGCGACAAUACUCAUCCUCACAGCUCAUAACAGUCUCAUCUGACUGCCAGUGGAGAACCUCUGCAUUCCUUCUUCCACAUCACCCCGGCUUCACCGCGCUGCUCUCGCAGCAUGCCGGUGCGGAUGGCGCUUGCGUUGCCUUCACGGAAGACGCUCCUCUUCAUCGCCCUCUGUCUCCUCUGGUAUUCCACUUCCUUUCUCUCUGCAUCGACUUCCAAGGCACUUCUCUCCCCCAAUAAGGUCAAGAAAAUUGUCCCCCUUCUUGCCUCCGGACUCCAGAAUGGCUCGCUAGACCCGAAUGUCGCAGCGAACGGUGGGAGUGCGGCAGGCUCUUCCUCUUCCUCUUCUUCCACUCCGGGCGUCUCGAAGGUCAAGACUCCCCCGCUGUUCCCAUACCCCGUAUCCCUUACGGCGCUUCAAUUCUUCUUCGUCUUUUCCUUCUCGUAUCUCCUCUCCUCACCGACAAUAGCAGCCUUUCUCUACGCGAGGCUAAGAUUAUCACCUCCAAAGGAUGCUGUCACGGGAAGGCCGAGGGGCUUGAUGGGGACGCUGGUGAUGGUGAAUGCAGCUAAGCUGAGGGAGAUGGUAGGCUUGAGUGUGUUCAAUGUCACGGGGCAUGCCAUGACCUCUGCUGCCAUUCAGAUGGUGCCUGUCAGCACCGUACAUACAGUUAAAGCUCUAUCACCCCUCUUCACCGUCCUCACCUACGUCUUCCUCCUACGCCUUUCUUACCCUCUCCGGACAUAUCUCUCCCUCCUCCCCCUGACACUCGGAGUCAUCUUUGCCUGCUCCGGUCUCUCCUCAAUCGAAGGACCCAACGUCGUUCCCGGUCUCGCCUUGUCCGUCGGAAGCACAAUCGUUUUUGUCGCUCAGAAUCUCUGGUCGAAGAAGCUGCUGGGCCACGCUCUAGCAGGAGGCUCCUCCUCUUCCGAGCGAAGGGUGUCGCAAGGCAACCAAGUGGUGGUGAAGCUGGACAAGCUCAAUAUCCUCUUCUGGAGCAGUGGAGUGAGCUGCUUAGUCAUGGUGCCUGUAGUGCUCCUUUCGGAUAUGCCAAGGAUGAUGGCAGCUCGGUCUGCUCGACUCGCAAUGCAAGGUCUGAGCGGGACCGCCGCCACUCUCGCCGGCGGGUGGGAGCACACCGAUCCCUCAAUCCCUCCUUCCUCUUCCUUCCCACCUCUAAACCCAAUGGACACCUCCUCGCACGCAAGCCGCAUCGCCUCGCUCCUCUUCUCAAAUGGAAUCGUGCACUUUUCGCAAAAUCUCCUGGCCUUCUCAGUGCUCGGCCUGACGUCACCAGUGACCUACUCGAUUGCCUCCCUCUUCAAGCGCGUAUUCGUGAUCUGCUUUGCAAUCCUCUGGUUCGGCCAAACGGUCACGCGCUUGCAGUGGGCGGGAAUCGUGCUGACCUUCAUCGGUCUCUACCUUUACAAUGACUCCAAAGUACGGACAGGGAGUGAGGGUGGAGACGGUGGGAAGGGGGCUAAGGGAGCGAUGCUCGGGGAUGCACAAAGUGUUGCGUCGAGGGAAGAGGACGCAGCAAUGGACUUUGGCAUGGACAAGGGCAGUCGACGUCGAGCGGGUCUCUUGCCGAUGAGCGGCGGUGUGGAUCAAUCUGUCAAUGGGCGUGCUGCCCCGCCAGCUGCGUCCGGUCCUGGUCCCAUCUGGAAGGGCAUGAGCUCCACCACCCUCUACGGCGGCAGUGGUCCCAGCAAUCGCUCAGCCGCACCUGGUGGUCUACCCUCUCGCAGCAUAAGCAUCAAUGGCUACGGGCCUGCGAACGGGCAUGGCAAUGGCUAUGCGAAUGGACACGGGUCCUCCAACGGGUACGGCCGCCCGCCCGCUCACGAUUCCAAGAGUCAGACCAAGAGAGACUGAAGUCCCACAGAGCUGGGAAGCAGAGCAUGUACAAUGGCGCAGAAGCAGACGAUGGGAAGCGGUAAAAAGCAUUUUCGCGAUAGAUGAACGGACUCUUCUGCUUGCAAUAUUAUAGAAGUCUAAACAAAG